AAAGCGAACGUGUCGCGAGACGAAACAAGAAAAGAGUGAUUUCAGAGUUGCUUAUUGAAGAGGAACACCCAUUUAGGACUGCAUUGUUUGUAAAAUCCACCUGACAACAGUAUUGCCAACAGAAUUUUUGUUUUUUUAACAUGCCAACGUGCGUUAAAUGUCCGUGCUACGAAGAGCGCAAAACAAUGGUGUAGAAUUUUCCAUGUAAAAGCUCCGUGCGAUAUGAGUGAAAGGCACCGUGCAUUGGAUAGCAAGUCCAACGCCAAUAGAAGAAACAAUAGCAAGGAUUGGAGCAGUUAUAACAACAAGCGGAAAAAGAUCACGCUUCUCCGAACGGUUCGUGUAUUACGUUGGCAUGGUAUCAAAAUUAUGUGUCUGCCGUGUUUGUGACUGUGCUUGAAUGUAACUAACGGUUCGGCGGAUGCUGAAGUACCGAAAUAGUGUUCACUUCUGCUUCGUUUGACAAAGCUGGCGAAGAGCGUAGUAGAGAGCACCGAACUACUAGCGAGCACCGGCGGAGAAACUCUCCUCGAAAUUAAAGAAACACUGCCCAACAACGUUCGCCAGCAUGAAAGCGAUCGAAGCGAAAAUUGUCGUGCUCGGUUCGCAAGGUGUUGGCAAAACGAGCCUUGUCGUGCGGUAUGUUUCCAAUGUAUACACCAAAGAAAUAUCGCCCACGAUUGGGGCCUCCUUCUUCACCUGUAAGGUCAAUUUGGAAGACUUUAAAGUGAAAAUGCAAGUCUGGGAUACGGCCGGUCAGGAACGGUUCAAGGCAAUGGCACCGCUGUACUACCGGAAUGCAAACGCUGCCCUGCUCGUUUUCGAUCUGACGCAAUACAAUUCCUUUAACGAAAUCAAGGGCUGGGUACAAGAACUGCAGCGCAAUGUGCAGGAACCUAUGGUACUAUCGCUUGUCGGCAACAAGCUUGACCUGGAAGAGAAACGAGCGGUCUCCCGGGAAGAAGCUAUGCUGUACGCAAACUCGAUCGGGGGCAACUAUUUUGAGACAUCAGCAUUACACGAUCAGGGUAUAGAGCAAGUGUUUAUAUCAAUAGCGGUAGGAUUAAUAAAACUCUCUGGAGAAGACGUAUGCUCGUCCCUGAAACGAUACGAAUCAAAUGACUCCCUCGUUCUUUCCGGAUAUUCGACUCGUGUAAACGGGGUCGUGCAGAUGGGCAUUCCAGUGGAAAAUGACAGCAUACUAAGUGACGGCAUGGGCCGCCUCGAAACGCCUUCAUGGAGCAGGGACCACAUAGCACACGGGGACGAGCAACGUGUCGGUUGGUGUUGCUACUGAAGGUGUUUCCUACAUCCCCGUUUUACCGUUGGGGUUUCGAAUGUCGGGGCCACUUCCUGCCCGUGUGUGUGAGGGCUGGCAAACCGACGAUAUCAACGUGCGACUCGCUCAGAUUUACGAAAAGAUCGGCUCAAAUUGGAGAGAUUUGUGAUAGCUUUUUAUAUUUACAUAUUACACGAGAGGGACGUUAAAGUAGCAGGACGCUUCGAAUACAGUUGCUAGAAACCGAUAAUUUGUUUCAUUGGCUUACGUAAUAGGAAGGCAGAUAGAGGGUGCGAGAGUUCUAGAACGUCGCACAGAAUAGGGAUUUUUGUACGAUAUAUCUUCAUACCAAAUUGAACGUUGUUUCGUCAAUGAAGUGAAUAGUGGCAUCCAUUUAGACAGUGCGGUUUUUGGAUGGUUGAUUUCACAUUAGGUAAAAAUAAAAUGGACGCGAAAACAAGUACCGAUAACUAUACAACUGCUGCUGAUAACUCAAUUUCUAUCAAAAGCAGUAUUAAAACGAUCUCUUCCAAGAGUUGGCAUUUGAACAGCAUACGAUGGUGAUGUCUGUUGUGCUGUUUCCGCAAUUUGGCGAAUGCGAUUUGGAUUCGAAUUGAUGGUGACUCAAUAGCCACCACGUUGUCCACCGAUAACCGGGUAGGGAAUUGCAUCCUCAUUCUACAAGAAGUCAUCCGUCGGUCUUAGAAACGAUUGAAGCGACCAUGUGAACAUAAGCAUCUUAUGUAUUUAUUUAGGCAAAAGUCAAUUAUUUUCGAUCAACCUCUCCCAUUGUUGACCAUGUACUGUUUGCAUUUUCACAUAUAUUGUCAUUUAUUUUUCGCUCGUUGUCACAAUCUUUAUUUUUUUAAAUAAACUAUUUACGAAGAGCU